GAGUUCAGCACAGUUAGAGAAAAAUCUCCUGAAAGUUGAUAAGGAUUGAAAACUAUCCAGUUGUUUCUUGACCAGUUGUAUGGGCGCUGUGCUUUUAGGAAUAUCUUUCUGUUGAAAGUCUUGCAGCUUUAGUUUCUGUUUCACUCUGAGCAGGAAGCAGUUCCUGAGAGACUCGAAGCCAGCAGGUUCCCAUUCACUCUCUGAAAAAAGCAGUCUCCCUGUCCAGGAGAGAACACUCCAGGUUCAGGAGGGCGAAACGUGGACGGGAAUCGAGAGGAUGCUCCAGCAUUCCAGGAAUCCGGGAUGUACCUCGUCGGAAGUCAAGACAGGGACCACGAUAAUGGCAGUGGAGUUCGAUGGCGGGGUGGUGAUUGGUUCUGAUUCCCGUGUCUCUGCUGGAGAGGCGAUCUGUAACCGUGUGAUGAAUAAGCUCUCCCCGCUGCACGAUCGGAUUUACUGUGCCCUGUCAGGUUCAGCUGCUGAUGCCCAGGCUAUCGCCGAUUCCGUCAACUACCAGCUGGAAUUACACAGCAUUGAGACUGGAGAUGCCCCAUUGGUGCGAGCUGCAGCCUCCAUCGUUAAGAACAUCAGCUACAAGUACAAGGAGGAGCUGUCAGCUCACCUGAUCGUCGCUGGUUGGGACAGGAAGAAGAAGGGACAGGUCUAUGCGACUCUUGGAGGGAUGAUUAUCCGACAGCCAUUCUCUGUCGGGGGCUCAGGGAGCAUUUACAUUUAUGGAUACGUCGAUGCUGCAUACAAAGAAGGGAUGAGCAAGGACGAGUGCCUGGCAUUUGUAACUAACGCAAUUUCACUGGCUAUCGGGAGAGACGGGUCGAGUGGAGGAGUGGUGUACCUUACAACGAUCACGGAGAAAGGCACUGAACACAAUAUCAUUCCUGGCAACAAGUUGCCAGCAUUCCAUGAUGAAUGACACUAUGUAUCUUCCACUCCUCAAUAAAUUCCUGCUGCUCUCGAA